AUGGCCGUAGAUACCAUUGAGGACACCAAGCCAUACAACGAAGAGAAUUAUACUGACUACGAAUACGAUUACACCGUCUGUGAUGAUGAGGACCGGGACCUGGACCUGAAUACUGUGUUCCAGCCUGUGCUUUACAGUUUGAUAUUUCUGCUUGGAAUGGUGGGGAACGGCUUGAUGAUAGCAGUGCUGCUGAGACAUUGGCGCCGUCUUCGCAUCACUGAGAUCUACCUGCUGCACCUUGCCCUUGCUGACCUGAUGCUUCUUUGUACAUUUCCUGUUGUUGUAGUUGAAUAUGCAGCCGGAUGGGUGUUUGGGGAGUUUCUCUGCAAGCUGACGGGCCUGAUGAAAACUCUUAACUUCCUUUGUGGGAGUUUCCUUCUGGCUUGCAUUGGGUUUGAUCGGUAUUUGGCCAUUGUUCAUGCUAUUCCUAGUAUGCAAAGUCGUCACCCGAGAACAGUGCACCAAAUAUGCAUUUCACUAUGGCUGGUCUGUUUGGGGUUGUCAGUACCCAAUGUUGUGUUCCUUACUGUGACACAGGAACGUGCAAACUCAUCUAGGCUCUCCUGUUUCAACACUGAGUACGGUAUCCAUGCAAACAACUGGGAUUUGACCGACAGAGUCUUAAAUCAUGUGUGCUUUUUCAUACCUCUGGCUGUCAUGAGCUACUGCUACACAGCAAUAGUAGUUAGUUUGUGCAAAAGUCAGAAAAGCCAAGCAAAGAAAGGUGCCAUUCGACUAGCUUUACUUAUCACUCUCGUCUUUUGUUUCUGUUGGCUUCCAUAUAAUAUCACCUUACUGAUAAAAACAUUGGACGAAUUGAAAAUCAUCUCAUAUGAAAACUGUGUGUCUUUUAACUUAAUGCACCAAGUCCUUGGGGUGACAAGGAGCCUGGGCUUGUCACACUGUUGUCUGAAUCCUUUCUUGUACGCCUUUGUUGGGGUGCGGUUCCGCAGUGAGCUAAUACAGCUGCUUUGCCAAUUGGGCUGCCGUAGUGUUUGUCUGCCUUUCAUCAGAACUCAGGGUCACAGUCGACCAUCCGCUUCUGACAUAGCAACAACUGCCAGCAGCAGCGUCUUCAUGUAA